AUGAAAGUAUUGUAUUUUCUCUCCACGGGUAUUCGAAAAGUUAACUUCAGGUUUACCAACGAGGAUCUUCAAGUAGAAGGCUUUGGUUGGAACUUGAAAUAUUCAGAUAAAGUGCUGAAACUAAAGAACUCAGAUGGCAAUGUUCGAAUAAUAGCAGUUUGCGAUCAUCAUUACAUGCCAUCGAUACAUUAUAACUUCCGUAAAUGUACUGAAUCGAAUGCUUAUUGCGAGGAAACGGCCACCGAUGAAAAUGGAUAUCAAGUGCUUCGUCUCAACUCGAAUUUUGACAAGUCUAAAUAUAAAUAUGGUGCCAGACAUUACUACACCUUCAAUGUGGAAAUUUUGUAA